AUGGAGUUCCCGUACUGGAACCGCACUCUCGGCGCCGAUCAUUUUUAUGUAUCCUGUGCCGGUCUGGGUUACGAGUCUGACCGAAAUCUCGUGGAACUGAAGAAAAACUCGGUACAGAUCUCUUGCUUCCCGGUACCAGAGGGUAAGUUUGUGCCUCACAAGGAUAUUACCUUGCCUCCACUCGCGAGGAUCACACGCGCAUCACACGCUCCGGGGAACAGGACAGUGAGGUAUCUAGUAAGACACAAUGGGGCCAAAGAUUCAAAAUUGGCCAACGAAUUGAGAAAUGAUUCUGAUUUUCUGAUGGAAUCCGAACCGUCCAAUGAAAUGACUUUAGUCGAGAGACUAGGGAGCAGCAUGUUUUGUUUGUUCGAGGACGGGGCUGAUAUUUCUGGAAUAGGUGAAGCAUUGCGUUUUGGGUGUGUGCCUGUAAUGGUAACUGACCGUCCGAUGCAGGACUUGCCGUUGAUGGAUGUGCUCAGUUGGCAGAAGAUUGCUGUUUUUGUGGGGUCCGGUGGUGGGAUUAAGGAAAUGAAACGAGUGUUGGAUCGGACGUGUAAAGAUGAUGAGUGCGAGGGAACGAGGAGAUUGGGUGUGGCGGCGAGCCAGCACUUUGGGUGGAAUGAAAUCCCGCAGCCGUACGAUUCGUUUUAUAUGGUGAUUUACCAGCUUUGGCUUAGGCGGCACACAAUUAGAUACCCCCGGAGAGAAUUUGUGUAG